AAAGCGGCCACCCGAAAGAAAAACCCUCUCAACCCAACCCCCCAGCCUCCCGGCAGCUGCUGUGCUGCUCGGCUGUCCCGCAACAGCUGCUGCAGCGGCAGGUCGCAGCUCAGUCUCAGAACCACCGAUAAAGGCGAGGAGAAACAGUAACGACGACGACCAUUUCAGACACGCUUAGCAACAUCAGCAGCUCCGUGGAGAUGGGGGAGAGAGAUCAUUAAAAUUUUGAAAGGAGUGAGAAAAAUUAUUAAGUAAUGGAGGGUGAAAGAGUACGGAGCUGGUAACUUUUUCACCCGCUUGUUUUUAGUUAAAGCUGAAGCUGAUGCGGAGGAGAGAAGUGGAAGGGGCAAAAAAAAAAGACUUGGAUCUUUACCCUCCAUAUCUCUCUCUCUCUCUCUCUGCUCGCCUCGUCUCCUCACGUUGUCCUUUUCCUUCUCCUUUUACUUGAAAUUUUAGGACUUUUCUUUCUUCUCUUCUCAACCACCACCGCCAUGCAUCGUUCCACCCUUGCCGUGCUCCCGCUGGCUCCCCGACCCUAACGCUAGCGCUGGUUUUCGUCUCUCUGGGUUUUUUUUUUUUUUGGCUCUGGCUUGGUUUUUGGGUUCGGGGAGGAUGGGGAUCGAUCUGAACACGGUUGAGGAAGAAGAGGAGGAGGAGGAGGCGGAGCUACUGGCCGCAGCGCAGGUCCCGAGCCAGGCGCACCGCCGCCCUCAGCCGCCGGCGGAGGCGGUGUGCCUGGAGUUAUGGCACGCCUGCGCGGGACCGCUGAUAUCGCUGCCGAGGAAGGGGACCGUGGUGGUGUACUUCCCGCAGGGGCAUCUGGAGCACCUCGGCGACGCCGGAGGCGGUGGCGGCGGACUUUUCCGUUACGAUGUGCCUCCGCACGUCUUCUGUAGGGUGGUCGACGUCAAACUCCUUGCUGAUGCCGCUACAGACGAGGUUUACGCGCGGCUCUCUCUGGUUGCCGAAAGCGAGGAGGUUGAGCGGCAACUGCAGGAGGGUGAAGCUGAAGGAGAUGUGGAAGAAGAGGAUAUUGAUGAUCUUCAUAGGUCUUCGAUGCCUCAUAUGUUCUGCAAGACCCUAACUGCCUCCGACACAAGCACUCAUGGAGGAUUCUCUGUGCCUCGCCGAGCUGCUGAGGACUGUUUCCCUCCUCUGGAUUAUAAGCAGCAAAGACCUUCGCAAGAACUUAUUGCAAAAGAUUUACAUAGUGUUGAGUGGAGGUUUAGACAUAUUUACAGAGGUCAGCCACGCAGGCAUCUUCUUACCACAGGAUGGAGUGCAUUUGUCAAUAAAAAGAAGCUUGUCUCAGGGGAUGCAGUGCUUUUUCUGCGAGGUAAUGACGGGGAGCUGAGAUUGGGAAUCAGGAGAGCAGCUCAAGUUAAAAAUGGCACUCCUUUUUCAGCACCUUGUAGCCAGAGCUUAGAUCUAGGCACUCUGGCUGCUGUGGCUAGUGCUGUCUCGACAAAAAGUGUGUUCCAUAUCUGUUAUAACCCAAGGACAAGCCCAUCAGAAUUUAUAGUACCAUAUUGUAAGUUUGCAAAGAGCUUCAGCCAUUCAUUUUCAACUGGGAUGAGGUUCAAGAUGCGAUACGAAAGUGAAGAUGCAGCUGAGAGAAGGUACACAGGAUUGAUAACAGGGAUUGGUGACAUGGACCCUGUAAGAUGGCCUGGUUCCAAAUGGAGAUGUCUGUUGGUGAGGUGGGAUGAUGAUGUGGAUACUGGUCGUCAGAAUAGGGUAUCUCCAUGGGAGAUUGAGCCAUCUGGUUCAAUUUCGGGCCACAAUAGUCUCUUAUUACCAGGUUCCAAGAGAACCAAAAUCUCCCUUUCCUCAGUCAAUCUGGAUUUUCCAGUUCCAAAUGGAAAUGAGUUUCCAGAUUUAGGGGAAUCUGCAAGGUUCCACAAGGUCUUGCAAGGUCAAGAAUUUAUGGGUUUUAGAACCCCUUAUGAUGGUAUUGAUGUAGCAAAUUCUCAGGAGACUGAGGUAAGAAAUCAUCAAUACCUGGAUAUGAGGAGAUCCUCCAACAAUGCAAGUAGCUGCAUAUUAGGUGGUCUCGGAAGUGGGGUCAGCGUUCCAGUUGGAAAUUCUGAUUUACCCUACAAGUGCAUAGGCUUUAAUGAGUCCAUUGGAUUCCGAAAGGUCUUGCAAGGUCAAGAAGUAAUUCCAGAAAAUCCACCAUAUCAAGGAGCAGUAGCUGAUAUUCAUACAAGAAAUGGUGGGUUUGGCUCAUUUGAUGCUCUGCAUACAUCUGGUGCUGGAAACAGGUGGCCUGCAUCAAGCCAUGGAUGUACUCUUUUACAACCAUCGCAGUUGUCAGUUCAAGCAUCAUCUCCAUCUUCUGUGUUAAUGUUUCCACAAGCAAGUUUUAAGCAUCCAUGCUCUCAAUCAGUGUUUGGUGUGAAUGAUAGGAGCACGGAUGAUGGAGUAUUGAGCAGAAAAGAAGCUCCCUUGUAUUGUUGGCCCCAUCAUGCAGGGGGUGAGUUCAUCAAUGAACACCAGAAACCUGGGAAAGUCCAUAUUCCUAUGCAUGCUUAUAAGCCAGAGUUCAAGAAUGACAAAGAAAUUAGCAGCAACGUUUGCAGGCUUUUUGGUUUUCCCUUGACUGAGAGGAUUCCCUUGACAAAUGAAGUGGAUAGAACUGAGAGAAAUUUUGAAACUGAUUUUCCGACCUCAAAGUCUCAAAUACCUGCUAAACCUCUUGGGCGCAGCUGCACUACAAUACUGCAGGUUCACAAGCAAGGAAGUGUUGUAGGCAGGGUGGUUGAUCUCUCAAAACUUGAUGGAUAUGAUGAUCUGAUUUGUGAGCUUGAACGGCUGUUUGAUAUGAAAGGGCUGUUAAAUGACCCACAGAAAAAGUGGAAUGUUGUCUAUACCGAUGAUGAAGAUGAUAUGAUGCUUCUUGGGGAUGAUCCUUGGCAGGAAUUUUGCAAAAUUGCUUCAAAAAUAUUAAUAUACACAAAUGAUGAGGAAAUGAUGGCAUGCUGUGAUGAAGCCCAUGGUUACUCAGCUGAACUAUCUUUUCCAAUCAAUAUUGCCACGUUUUCCUUGUGUUGCAGUAAAUCUUCAUCAGUGUCGACAUAAAUGAAACUUCGUGAGCCUGAGAGUGUCCUAUAGUUAGAAUUUGAACUAUUGUAUCUGUUUGGCUUAUCUUCGAAUGGUCUUUUCUCUGCCCUUGUUACUAAAUUUGUCUAAGAAGAAAUUCUGCUAUCUAAUAUCUGGCGAAGGGUUUGAUGCAGUACGGGUGCUGUUUUGACAGUAUCUAUAGUAACCUCGCAGAGCUGCUUUGGCCUGCACAUUUUGCCCAUGCUUUUUGUUGCUUUACUGAUAUAUGUUGUGCAAGAUAUUUAUUUCUGAUCAG